AUGAGGCACCUGUGCAAGGCCGACGUGUACAUGUACGCCGACAAGAUUUCGAACGUGAGUUUUCCGCCGGACGCCAUCAAACUCUGCGGGUGCGUGUGCGAAGGUUACCAAGACACAAUGGUGUUCGACGUCGGCGUGAAAGUGAAGGUGAUCAACGCCAAUUGCGAUUACACCGGCGCGACGGUCAUCAAACAACAUUCGUCGAACGAAACGCACGCGGCCGUGUGUCCGGACCUGAGCACCGCGUGCGUGUGCACGUACAACGUCCGAUGCAACCAGCGGACGCGGCCGAUCACGUACACGUUGACUCCGAACCAACAGGGAUAUCUCAGGGUGGAGGUAGCCGACUGCGGCAAUUCGAACAUCACUUGA